GAAGCAGCUCGAGGCGGCGCAGGAGAGGGUCAAUGCCGCUGCCGGGGUCUUCGAGCAGGCCAAGGCAGCCCACGCGGCGGAGAUCGAGAUCCUCCAGCGUCACAAAGACUCCCUCGCGGAGCUCGACAAGUACGUCAAGGCCGCGCAGGCCAAGACGGUCAUCCCCGACAUCGGGAUCCAGGCUGACGCCGGGGACCCAGCGUCGGAUCUGCAAUGGCUCGAAAUGUUCAGCCUGUUCUUGGGCAAAGGCGCGGGGCGCUUCGGGUUCGACGUCACUGAGCUCAAGACCCAGGCCGCUGCCAAGGUCACCGAGGUUAAGGCGAAGAUCCCAGAACCUCGGGUGCCAGCAGGCGCGCAGGCUGCUGGUGGCGCCGUGUCUGGCGCUGCUGGCUCUGGCGGGCCUCCUCCUCCUCAGCCGGGUGCUCCUGCUGAUGCCAUGGACUGGGACGCUGAGGACCCUGACCUGGUCGAGCACCUCAAGAGCUCCGGCGUGGACACCACCGACCCCGCUCGCGUCAAGCGCUUCAUGGAAGGCUUCCAGAAAGUGGCCAAGAAGCAGCGGGUUUGA